AAGGCCGACAUGGAGGACGCGGGUUGGAGGCUUGCCCGGGGGUGGAGUACUGUGGUCGGAGGCCAUUGGUUAGCAGGGUGCCGGUAGUUGGGGGUGGGGCUUGUCCGCGGCUGUCUCCGGGCCGCGUGUGGGGCUGCCCUGUCUAGCCGACAUGAUCCGGGCUGGCCGCUUGUGCCGGGGCUUGGGGCUCCUCCGACCCCGCCCCUUGCCGGACCCCGCCGGGGGCUCCGCGCCGCCGUCCCGACAGCUCCGCACCGGCCACCCCCAGCGCCGGGACCUCUUCAGCGACCUGGAGAAGGAAGUAGUGAAGUUCCGGAAGAAGUUAAGACAGAGCCUCCCGGGCAGUGAUUGGGACCCCUUUGGUACCACAAAGGGUCUCCCUCCUGAGCGCGCAGAUGUGGUCAUCGUGGGGGGAGGGGUGAUGGGCUGGUCCGUCGCCUACUGGCUGAAGGCGCUAAAGCCCCAGAAAGAUGCACUCCGAGUGGUGGUGAUUGAGAAGGACCCUACGUACUCGCAAGCCUCCACGGUGCUCUCUGCGGGAGGGAUUCGGCAGCAGUUCUCCUUGCCAGAAAACAUCCAGAUGUCCCUCUACUCAGCGUUCUUCCUGCGCACCAUCAACGAGCAUUUGGGGGUUGUGAACGAGCCGCCCAUAGAUAUUCAGUUUAACCACUCGGGGUACCUCUUCCUGGCCUCGGAAGACGGAGCUGCGGACUUGGAGGAGAACGUGCGCAUUCAGAGGAAUGAAGGAGCUGAGGUCUCCCUUCUGUCACCAGCACAACUGAAGAAGAAGUAUCCCUGGAUAAAUACCGAUGGUGUAGCUGUGGCAUCCUAUGGCCUAGAAAAUGAGGGUUGGUUUGAUCCUUGGUCCCUCCUCAAUGCCUUCAGGAGAAAAGCAAUGUCCAUGGGCGUCAGUCAGUGCUUCGGAGAAGUGAUGUCCUUUACCAUCUCUUCCCGAGAAAUAAUGACGCCUGAGGGGGAGCUGACCUUCUCCCGCAUUAAUUAUGUCCGCGUCCAAAUGCCCAACAGUUUGGAGUACCAGCCAGUGGAGUGCUCCCUGGUGGUCAAUGCAGCUGGUCCCUGGUCACAGAAGCUGGCCGAGAUGGCCGGCAUUGGGAUCGGACCACCCAACACCCAAGAAGGGAUCAAGCUACCAGUGGAGCCCAGGAAAAGGUAUAUCUUUGUGUGGCACUGUCCCGAUGGGCCCGGCCUGGAGUGUCCCAUGCUGGUUGACACCACGGGGGCUUAUUUCCGCCGGGAAGGCAUUGGAGGCAACUACUUGGGAAGCCUCAGCCCAACAGAGGAGGAAGAGCCAGACAUCCAAGACCUGGAAGUCGAUCACAAUUUCUUCCAGGAGAAGGUCUGGCCCUAUCUGGCCCAUCGGGUGCCAGUGUUUGAGUCCCUGAAGGUGAAGAGUGCCUGGGCUGGCUACUACGACUACAACACAUUUGACCAGAACGCCGUGCUGGGCCCGCACCCGCUGGUGGAGAACAUGCUCUUCAUCACGGGGUUCAGCGGGCACGGGUUGCAGCAGUCACCAGCGGCGGGCAAGGCUGUGGCCGAGCUCAUUCUGGACAACAAGUUCAGCACCAUCCACCUGGAGAAGUUGUCUUUCAACAGGUUCAUCUCUGGGGAGCAGGUCCUCGAGAGGAACAUUGUCUGAGAGCUUGGAACUAACCACCCAGCAGGUGGGUCCCAGCUCCUCUCCUCCCCAGAUCCGUAACACUCUGUCCGCUCCCAUGAGCAUCUCGGAGCUCUGCAGCCUGACUGCCAGCUUGUUAGUUCAGGAUCCUGAUGGGGAAACUGAGGCACUGAGAGAAGUGACUAGCCAUGGGCCAUGCCGUCUGUUGGUGUCUGAGCUGGGAAUAGAAUCCAGGCCCCUGCUCUACUCACUAGGCAACACUGCCUGUUGGUUUUGACUCCUGAAUCCCUCUCUCCCCCCCCCCUCCCAGCUGUUGACCCAAUCACACCAUUAGCUGCCCCUGCUCGGUGAUGGAGGUUGCAGCACAGGGCUGGCAGCAGCCUGUACUCAGACACAUCUAUGUGCCCUUUCUACCUGCCUGGUGUCCCGGAUGUCUCUCAAGGUCUCUGGUGCUGGCUCAUCCGCCCCAGGAAUUGACAGCUUCUGUGUAUCCCACAAACCAUAUACAGAUCUCAGAUAAUUGCUGUGUCCAGCUACUGCUAAUAUGGGCCAGAUUCAGCCUACUGAUGUGAGGUGAAAGGUCCCAUAUCCCACUUCACCCCUCACAGCCAUUCGCUCCCUGGUCCCGUAGCAGAAACAGGCUAUCUCUCCAUCAGAGCCUGUGAUACAUCUGUCUGUCCCGUGUCUAACCUCUCCAAGCUCCAAAAGACACCAGCUCUUUUCUAGGCUGUGCUCAUCCUGGGAACAGGAAUUAACCGAUUGGUUCCACAGCCUAUUGUCUUCCAACUCCUGCAUGUAGGGUGAAGUCCUUAACAGCUGGGAGACUAAGAACAUCCGUGUUAGAGGCUGUUCAGAUGGACCCAUGGAUCUUAGAAUGCUUUAUCUUAAUCCCACCCUCCUGUUUCUUCAAGGCCUCAUUUUUCGGGUCAAAUACCAAUUUGGCUAAUCAUUCUGCCUGCCUCCAUAGCCCUUCCAGUGUCCCUUGUCUUCACUUCCCAUCCCAAACUGUUGUAUGCUGGUAUAUAGAUGUCACGUUCCACCCCAGAGGGGCUGCAUUUCAGCAUUAUUUAAAAUGGUCCCUGUGUGUAGAAUUUUAAUCCCUUCCCCCCCAAUGGGGUUGCAAAAUGCUUUAGUACCCUUUGGACUGAAGGCACUAUAGGCAUGGAAGUUCAUUGGCACUGCUGGUCUUGGAGGAGGUGGAAAACAAACAACCUGCCACAGCAUGUGUUUUUACAGCCAGUGUCUUGUUAUUGUCUGUAGCAAUCCUCCCCUGAAUGCCCUCAGGAGCAGGCCAUAGCAGUGCCUAGACACGCAGAGCAUUAAAUUCCCAAAAUGUUCUGAGAUCCUUGAUUGUAAGGUGCCAAGAGGAGCAAAAACUCAUGAAUCCCUCCAAGGAGCUGGAUGGCUAAUUGCAGAUUCUUCGUGUUGUACAUGGAGCACUGGCCAAGGCACAAGGAUAGUGCUGUUCCUCAGCCAGAGACUGAUUGGAUUACUCCUGGGGGAAUUCUGCACCACUGGGCAUGCACAGAAUUUGUGUCUCCCACAGAUUUCUUUGCUUCCCUGCAGAAAAAUGACUUUCUUUCAGGGAAGCCACAAGAGCAGUCAAUGACCCUCCCCAGCAGUAUGUUUUGGGUGCCCAGGGCAGCCGGCAGAGAGGUAAAUCACUAUGGGGCAGCGGGUGGGACUAGGAAAGACCCGGCUGGUGGCUCGUACCCUGCGCUGGGCUCAGCUGCUAGGCUGGGGAGGAUGGGACUUCCUCUUCCCCUGCACAGCAUUGGGCGCUGUGUCAGACCCUCCCCCAGCUGUAGGAAACUGCAAACUGUCCCCCCGCCCCCUGCACUUCCUUCACCUAUCGCUCCUCAGCUUCAGGGGGAGGAUUGCUGUACAGGGAGCUGCUCCCCCAUCCGCCCAACCCCGUGCAUCCAGACCCCUUCAUACCCAGACCCUCUGGCCGAG